AUGUCGUUACACUCGUCUGAAGAGUCGUCUGAAGAGUCGUUACACUCGUCUGAAGAGUUGUUACAUUCGUCUGAAGAGUUGUUACACUCGUCUGAAGAUUUGUUAAAGUGGUUUGAAUCGUCUGGAGUUGAUUUGCGAUAUUUACGGCUGGCAGAUUUUGAAAUCGAACUAGUUCUUGCGAUACUGUUCCAAGAGCCUGAUUUAAGUUCGCGAAGUUUGGUUGCGCCUACAAAAUGCAAAUGCGCCCUUUCUCCUGACAUAAAUUCUAAUGUGCAGGGUACACUUUCUUUGAAAGAUCAAACUGGCGCUGUGGUACCACUCUCUAACUCUACCAAAAAAAUAAGCCAUGAGGAAUUGAUGGAGUUAUACGAACGAGAGAAUAAACGAGGCGAAAAGAAUAUAGCAAACAUUGCUCGUUUAUUAGGAACCAGUGAGAGGAAGUACUCCCAUUCAGUUGAAGACAUAUGCGAUGAAUUUCUAAAAAAUUAUGAUGACGCAUCUGUGGAGAUACCGCCGCAGAAGCUUUCGCAUAGGAGUUGGAGGGAAAGCGAAGAGGUUCUUAGAGAUAUUAGUGAGAAGAACCCAGCUUUUAGUCGCAAAUUUGCUAGAAUGCAGAGAUAUCAUAUUCGGGCGACGCUAAUAGAUGAUCAUCUGCAUAUUUUAGCACGGCGGAGCGACAAAGCGUGGCUAGCAAAGACAGAAGGGGAAUAA